AUGAGCAGUCGAAAUACUAGAUCGAGAGAGCUAUUUGGUUUGACGUUAGACAAUGGAAUACCGAGCCCUAUAACGCCAGCUAUGAAUCUCAAGCGUCACAGCAACGUCCUGAGUGAAGAGCGAGCUAGUAAAACUAGCAAAAUAGAUGAAGACUUAAUACCGAACAAUGCCCUAACGCCUGUGAUAGAAUACAAGUCCUCUAGAAGAUGCCUCACUUACUCCCCCGAAGAGUGUAGCAUAAACAGCAGCGAAGAGAAACGCAGAAGCGUUGCGAGCAAUCGCCUGGAACGGAGCAGUGACCGAUUUCAAGCGCUUAAAGCGACAAUUGACCUUGAGAUAAAAACUAGACAUGACGUGAUAGACGUUCACGUCAUUCGGUGCCGGGAUCUUCAGAGAUUGUCUGGAAAGGCGGAGGAUGUCAACGCUUAUGCAAAGGUCGUCAUCAGCGGCGUGAACGAGAACCACAGUUUACCGUCGCAGAGGUCAAUAUUCCAAAGGACCUCGGUCCUCUACGGGAAGAGGGAGCCAGAGUUCCGACGCCAUCUGAGACUACAGCUCCCUAGUGUGGUCUACGACCACCAGAUGCUCCACAUCUCCGUCUGGCACAGGGACAAGAAGUACAGG